CCUUGUCUCCGCGCACUGCAAUAAUGGCUUCUGUCAAGACGGACUCCGAGCUGAUGGACCAGCUCGUGGCUGCUAUCCCAGUCCCGCACUCUAGCACCUUCAUCACCGUCCUUGACGAGAACGGCGGGCCCAUCCUGCUGAGCCUUGGCAACAAUGGCGUCCUUUACGCGAUUAAGGAGAGCAGCGCCGGCGCCCGCGUCUUGAUUGACCUCAAUGACUCCUUUGGCAUCUCUGACAGGGAGGUCGUGACCUUCGAGGCCGUCCAGAGCGCAAUUGACAAGCAGAUCUACUACUCCUUCGCUCACAAGGCCGCCAAAGUCGGCGAUGAGGCUGACCAAGAAGACGGCAAGGCUGCCAAGCCCAAUGAUGAGACUACUCUCGUCAUCUGUCGCCCGUUUGGCCCGCAGCUUCUCGACACCGAGGCGGCCAGGGUCGAUCUCCGCCACCUCAUAAUCCCCGAGCAGGGCAUUUCCCGACGGAGUGUGCAUAGGAUCUUCAUGAGUGCCAAACACCGACUGCAGUCUUACCCGACCGUCGUUGUCGGCUAUGUGCCUCUGGACAGCCUUCAUUCAUCCCAGGAUCUGGCCCGGGUGUCAAUGCAGAGCUCGCUGUCCAGUUGGAGUCUCAAAACCGAUGUGGAGCUUCCAGAGAACGCCGGGCAGAUCCUCGACUUCUGUGCAGCUUCUCUGCCAAUCGGCAGCGGAUACUUUGUUCUCUACAUCAUUCAAGGCCGGAGCCAACUGCUUUUCUGCACGGACGCCGACGCUAGGAUCCCGUUCAAGGUGGCGCUCGAUGCGCCCAAAGGCGCUAGAUGUCUCGCAACGGUCCAGCAAAGCAACGGUUUCACAGGCCUUUUGUGCGGCGGCCAGGGACUGUACUUUUGGAGCGAGACCGAAGCUCAAAAGCGGAACAACCCGGGCCACCUCGUUUCGGACGACGCGGCCUUUGCUGGCGUGGAUCAGCUGUUCGUGGCCCAAUCGCCGCGCCUGGUUUCCGUCUUCGCGUCCACGCAGGACACCUCGGUCAGCUAUGUGGCCACGACGAGCCUAAACUUCAAAAAGCCCCUCGAGGCCGUCCCUUUGCUUAAGGGCGUAACGGGCGGCAACUUCUCUCCGUUCGUGUCCGAGGACGGCGCGAUGCAGCAGCUCAUUGUGUCGAGGGAGGACGGUACGCUUUCGCUGCUCCAGCAAGACCUCCUUUCGCAGCAGUGGAGGGAGCAGCCGUUUUACGUCCCGGACCUCAACGAAAACAUCGAGUUCAACGGCUACAUGACCCGCAUUACCGUCCAAGGACAAGACGGGGACCCGGCCAGCGAGGCCACGCUGCUGCUCGCGUGCCCGGAUGGGUGGACCGAAAUCCUCGCCAACGGGCGCACCAUCAGCGUCGGGCCCGAUGGCACCCCCGUGUUGCUGGACCUGCAGGGCACCCUAACGCUCAUCAUCCCUAGCGAGGACGGCUCGUGCACAGAAUUCAUUCUAAGCGACUUGCCGGGCCUGCCGCCCGUCCUGAACGCCUCGUACGAAAUCGACCCGGCCCACAAAGUGCUCGACAAGAUGGAGGCGCUGGGCAAAGAAGGCGCCCUUCGCGAGGCCACCCUGCCCGACGGCACGCCGCUCCUCGACGGCUCCGACGCGAGCGACGACGACAUCAAAAACGCCGAGGCAGCCAUCCGCGCCGUUGGCGAGUCCCGCGCCGAGUCUAAGAAGCAGGGCCUGCUGCGCCGUCGGGCCCGAGACGUAGACGAGCGGGCCUUUGAGCCCGGGGUCGAGAGGACCCUUGCCGACGUUGGCACGGUUGUCUGCGGCAAUAUGCCCCUCGCCCGGAUGGCCUCGACUAUGAGAGUCAAGAACAAGAGCUGGUCCUUUUGGGAAAGCGUCAAAAACGCGUUUAAGAGAGGCGCCCUUUGGCUCAUUGAAAAGGUCAAGGACGGGCUCAACUUUCUCGUCGAAAUCGCGGGUGAAAUUAUCAGCUUCGCGGUGCGCACGCUCGAGCAGAUCGGCAAGGCCCUGGCCUUUGUUUUCAACAAGAUUCUAGGCGCUAUCAAAAAGUUCAUCGACUUCUUGAAGCUCCUUUUCGAUUUCAAAGCGAUCCUGAGGAUCAAGGACGAGAUCAAGGGAAUCACUAACGGCUUGAUGGACGUCUUGCCAGCCACCAUGGACAACUUCAAGACGAACGCCAACGUUUUCCUCAACAAGACCAAGAGCGAUAUCCGCACUGCCCUGGGUGUCCCGGCCCUUUCGGAAGUCAAAGGUGCGAAGGACAGCCAGAACGACCCCAUGGCAAAGGAGGGCGGUGGGCUCAAGGACAACUCAUCUACGCAAUACAGCAACUACCAGCUGGAUCACGGCGGCGCCGCCACACACGGCAGCGUGUCGGACGAGUCGGCUGCCCGCAGCGUCGAGGAAUUCCGCGGCCGGAUGCGCGCCAUGCAUGCCCCAGAACAGCGGAGCCUCGCUCAGCAGCAGAAGGAAUCCGAUAUCACCGACGCCCUCAAGCCUCUGCUAGGCGGUAACAUUUCGGGUUCCACUUUCAAAGGGGUCGUAGUCGCGAUUCUGGAGGAGCUCAUCGACCUCGUGGCCGCGGGUGUCUCGGCCGGGGUCGAAGUCAUCAAAACGGGUGUCCGGGCAGUGCAGAAGCUCCUCAACGCCAGGAUUAACAUCCCCAUCUUCUCGGCCUUGUACCGCAAGAUCACCAAUUCCGACCUCACCCUCCUCGACGCGGCCUGCCUGGUUCUCGCCAUCCCGGUCCACUUUGUGACAUCCCUGCUCACGGGCUCGGAGUUCAGCCUGGGCGGGCUUCGCAUUUCGCAGUUGAUUUCGGGGGAUGCCUUCGGCCCAGACAGCGGCAGGGACGCCAGGGUCGCGCUCCGGAAGCCGCUUGACGAGGAUGAAAUCAAGAGGCGCCAGAAGGCCGGCUACGUUCUCGGAUAUCUCAACUUCAUUAUCCGCAUAUGCCGCAUGUUCACCAGCUCGGCCCUUAUGAAGAAGCCCAAGACGCCCGGAAAGGGAUCCAGCGAGGCACCCGGGCUCACCGCCGCCCGCAUCGCCGCCCCCAGCAUCUCCGUGCAGCAGGCCCAGCAGCUUCAAAAGUUCGGGGCGCCCCAUCCACUUGCUUCCGCCGCUCGGGCCGGCGCGCUGCGCCAGGGGGCGUUGGCCAAAAGAGCUGGCCCUGGCCCUGACUAUGGACUCAUCGAGUUGUUGGAACUGCUCCUCAUCACCCUUAAUGUGGCUUGCACGUACCCCCUAAACCCGGACGACGAGCAGUUCAACAAGCAGAAGGCACUGUGGGGCUUCGCCAUAUUCGCCGAGUGGAUGGCGAUGGCGGAAUCCGAUAAAAUCCCCAAUUCGGUCAUAGUCAUCAACCUCUGCAAUGUCAUCGUCAUCGCGGGCCUCGAGAUUGAAAUUAACGCCAACACUGUGAAGGAUGAGCCCGGCGAAAGCAUUGCGAGGAUUGUGCAGGCGGUUGUCGACGCCGCGGGCGGCGUAUGCGGCAUCUUCGAGCUGAGACGGGCCAACCUUCUGGCGCAGAUCGUCUCCGCUUGCCUCACACUCGGUCUCACCAUCGUCGAGCAAGCGAAGGCAGACUGGAACUGGAUGCAGCCUUAAGCAAGCCGGAAGCGCCAGAGUGCUCGCGGCGCCAGCGAGGCAUUCCCCGGGGGGCUAGCGUUAUUUAAGUCAGUGCACCCCCUGUCCGCCAUCCCCACCGGGCAUCGGAUCAACACCUGUCACAAAGGAGGCUAUCACCA